GGAAGAGAAAGAGUGAAGAAAAGUUGCAAACGUUUCCUCUCUUCCUAAGCCUCCCGCCCCCACCACCCCUCCGACAAGGAACAGAUAAUAUAGUGAAAAGAAGAGGAGGAGAGAGCGACGGGACGGGACGCGAGCGGGAGCGCAGCCACCCUCCCGGCUCCGCCGCGGCGCCUCGCAAGUCCGGGAGGCGAGGGGGGCCCGAGGGGAGACGUCGUGACAACUUUCGUUUCCCCCAGAGGGAGUCUGGAGGUCGGUGGUCCCAAAAGCUUUCAGUCCAGCGUGAAGCUGUUGGAGUGAGAGAGCAAAGGUAAAGAAUGAUGUAAUGCAGUGGCAGCCCCAAAGCAUCUUUUGUUGUGGAAUGGUUAUUUCAGUCAUCUCUUUAUGAAUCAAAUGUGAGGGGCUGCUUUGUGGAAGGAGUCCUUUGCAAGAGCACAUCAACAGGAAAGAGAAAGAGACAUUCACUUGGAGGGCUCUUGCUGAAAAUGGGUUUAACUCUCCUUUUGCCAGUCACUAUCAGCCUGACCUCAUCCAUUUUUAGUACAAUGGAGUGGCUGAGGCUUUGAGCACACCACCAUUACAUCAUCGUGGCAAAUUAAAGAAGGAGGUGGGAAAAGAGGACUUAGUGUUGUCAUGGCCCAUGAGAUGACUGGAACUGAAAUUGUUACUGAGAGGUUGGUGGCUCUGCUGGAAAGUGGAACGGAAAAAGUGCUGCUAAUUGAUAGCCGGCCUUUUGUGGAAUACAAUACAUCCCACAUUUUGGAAGCCAUUAAUAUCAACUGCUCCAAGCUUAUGAAGCGAAGGUUGCAACAGGACAAAGUGUUAAUUACAGAACUCAUCCAGCAUUCGGCAAAAUAUAAGGUCGACCUCGAUUGCAGCCAGAAAGUUGUAGUUUACGAUCAAAGCUCCCAAGAUGUUGCCUCUCUAUCUUCAGAUUGUUUUCUCUCUGUACUUCUGGGUAAACUGGAGAAGAGCUUCAACUCUGUUCACCUGCUUGCAGGUGGGUUUGCUGAGUUCUCCCGUUGUUUCCCUGGCCUCUGUGAAGGAAAAUCCACUUUAGUCCCUACCUGCAUUUCUCAGCCCUGCCUACCUGUUGCCAACAUUGGGCCAACCCGAAUUCUUCCCAAUCUUUAUCUUGGCUGCCAGCGAGAUGUCCUCAACAAGGAGCUGAUGCAGCAGAAUGGGAUUGGUUACGUGUUAAACGCCAGCAAUACCUGUCCAAAGCCUGACUUUAUCCCCGAGUCUCAUUUCCUGCGAGUGCCUGUGAAUGAUAGCUUUUGUGAGAAAAUUUUACCAUGGUUGGACAAAUCAGUAGAUUUCAUUGAGAAAGCAAAAGCCUCCAAUGGAUGCGUGCUGGUGCACUGUCUGGCAGGGAUCUCACGCUCAGCCACGAUUGCCAUCGCCUACAUCAUGAAGAGGAUGGACAUGUCCUUAGAUGAAGCUUACAGAUUUGUGAAAGAAAAAAGACCUACUAUAUCUCCGAACUUCAAUUUUCUGGGCCAACUGCUGGACUAUGAGAAGAAGAUUAAGACCCAGACUGGAGCCUCAGGGCCCAAGAGCAAACUCAAGCUGUUGCACCUGGAGAAACCAAGUGACCCUGUCCCUGCAGUCUCAGAGGGUGGACAGAAAAGUGACAUGUCCUUCAGUCCACCCUGUGCCCACUCUGCUACCUCAGAGGCAGCAGGGCAAAGGCCCGUGCAUCCUGCCAGUCUGCCCAGCAUACAGCCAGCUCUGCUGGAGGACAGCCCACUGGUACAGGCACUCAAUGGGCUCCACCUGUCCUCAGACAAGCUGGAAGACAGCAAUAAGCUCAAACGUUCCUUCUCUCUGGAUAUCAAAUCAGUUUCUUACUCAGCCAGUAUGGCAGCAUCCUUACAUGGUUUCUCCUCAUCCGAGGAUGCUUUAGAGUACUACAAACCUCCCAGUGCUUUGGAUGGGACCAACAAGUUAUGCCAGUUCUCCCCAGUUCAGGAGGUAUCAGAGCAGACUCCAGAAGCCAGCCCAGAUAAGGAGGAAGCCAGCAUCUCCAAGAAGCCCCAGACUAGCAGGCCUUCAGACAGCCAGAGCAAGCGACUGCACUCAGUAAGAACCAGCAACAGUGGUGCCACCCAAAGGUCUGUCUUAUCUCCAUUGCAUCGGAGUGGGAGUGUGGAGGACAACUAUCGCACCAACUUCCUUUUUGGCCUUUCCACCAGCCAGCAACACCUCGCAAAGUCUGCUGCUGGGCUGGGCCUCAAGGGCUGGCACUCAGAUAUCUUGGCUCCCCAGACCUCUACUCCUUCCUUGACCAAUAGCUGGUAUUUUGCCACAGAGUCCUCUCACUUCUACUCUGCCUCAGCCAUCUAUGGAGGCAAUGCUAGUUACUCUGCCUACAGCUGUAGCCAGCUGCCCACUUGCAGUGACCAAGUCUAUUCUGUGCGCAGACGGCAGAAGCCAAGUGACAGAGCGGACUCACGGCGGAGCUGGCAUGAAGAGAGCCCCUUUGAAAAGCAGUUUAAACGCAGAAGCUGCCAGAUGGAGUUUGGAGAGGGCAUCAUGUCAGAGAACAGGUCUCGGGAAGAACUAGGGAAAGUGGGCAGUCAGUCUAGCUUUUCAGGCAGCAUGGAAAUCAUUGAGGUUUCCUGAGAAAAAGAUACCUGUGACUUCUGUUGACUGAUAUUUUUUUUUCUUGUUCACAAAAAAUUAUUCCCUGUAAAUCUGAAAUAUAUAUAUGUAUAUACAUAUAUAUUUUUGGAAAAUGGAGCUAUGGUGUAAAAGCAAAAGACGGAUCAACACAGUUGUUCCUGCUUAACAUCUGCAUUUGGGAGAUCAGCUAACAUUUCUCUCAACAAAAGUGGAAGGGCAGAUGCUAGAUUUCCCGCUAGACAGAUGAAGUGAAUUGCGUAUCCUCUUGUUCUUAUAAAAGCAAGUGAGAGGACAAAAUCCUCUGCCAUUUUCGUGUUGUGCUACAAAGAGAUCUCAGAUACUGGUCUUUGCCCAGUCCCUUCCAUAGUGCACCUUAGCGCUGAGACUGAGCCAGCUUGUGGGUCGGGUGGGUAGACCCCGUUAGGGACAGAAACCUAAUGGUAAAUCCAAAAGAAAUGAUCGCAUCAGAAGCUGAUCCACAGAUCCAAGCUCACCUGACAGCUGAGUGACACAUGCAUCAUUCUCUGGGCAGACCAUUAGGGGACUUGCCAAGAUCUACUUUAGAGCAAACCCAGUACCUCAGACAGUCAAGAUGGAGCUUUCACCACUACCGUGUCUGGGAGCCCGUUUUCUAAGCGUUGUGAAUAGGUAGGUAGCUAGUCACACUUUUCAGACCAAUUCAGACUGUACAUGCACAAAUUUCCAGUUGGGCCUGAAUGGAGGUAGUUAAAUUUUUUUUUUCUCAGCUUUAUGAAGAAAGCAAAGGGAAACCAUCUAGGAUUCAAUUUAACAGUCAGGAAUCUGGCAGCAUAAUGAUUUAAGCUGAAGUUGGGAGGCUAAAUAAGUCUGCCUCCCUCUUUAUAAAUCAAAGAAUUGUUUAAAAUGGGAUUGUUAAUCCCUUAAAUAAAGAUUAAUUUGGUUUCAAGCCAAAUGUGAAUUUAUUUGGGUUGGUAGCAGAGCAACAGCACCUUCAAGUUCUCAGCCAAAGUCGACGUUUUCCAUUUCUGUCCCAUUGCAUGGAUGCAGCUUCUAAAAAUGUUAAUAAGGCAGAAUUUUAGAAAAAACUACCAGGAGGGAGAAAACCCGUGGGAAGGUUGAGGACGGUGAAAGCCGCUGAGCGAAAAGUCAGCAGGAAACUUACUUUCUCAGUGUGUGUCGCUUCCUCUCCCCUUGGCAGGCGACGAGGGUGGUGUUUCUACAUCUUCCUCAGACUUUCACAUUUACUAAUAGGGCUGAGCGAGGCUUCAAUAAGCAAGGGAAUGUUCAGAAUAAAACAGCCGGUCUAGGAAGGUGACGAGAAGGUUGUUAAAUUUUGUUUAGUUGUUGGUACAGUGGAAAACCACAGACAGGCUAUUCUCAGAAACUAUCCCCAGCAUCUUUUCAUUAGAAGGAGUGCAUCCAAAUGGGGCAAGACCAAGGUGGUCUCUCAGUCCUUGAGCUACAGUCACUGUGUGGAAUCAAUCCUGGCAGCUGGAAAUAUGAGGUGAUUAGAACAAGUACACAGUGAUAGUAUGUAUCUGCUUUUAAACUUCCUGCCUUGAGUUCUGUCCACUACAGUACGGCCCUCUUUGAAGCCUUAAUUUACGUCAGCAGCUGUUUUGUUUUUUGGGGGGUGGUCGUCGUCACUGUUACGUCCUUUACUAUAAGUGUAGCUAGUCGCUGACUCAUAUCUCAGGUUUUUUGAUGUUCGAGAAAUGGACAGUCCUUUGACUAGGAUGUGACUUGAUGUUUCCUGUGGUGACUGCUAAAACCAGCAUGAAAUGACAUGAUUCAAAACUGACUAACUCGAUCAUGAGAAUUAGGCGCUUCACAGACGUAACUGGUUACGCACAAAUAAUGUGCAAUGAUACGGGCAUAAAAUGAAGGCAGAAAGAGAGUAAACUGCACGGGGAGAACAUUGCUGACACAUUGAAAAAGUUCUGUUGAAUGAUCUGAGUUAGUUUUUAUAUAUACAUGUGUGGAAAUUUUAAAUAUUCGCUGUAAUCAGACAUUCUCAUGGUUUCACCGUCAUUUCUGAUGUGUUAUUUAUCCGACACACCAAAUGCCUAACAGCUCACUGCUUCCAGAGCCUGGUUACAACUGUCAAACUUUUUUAAGAAAUGAAAGCAGUAGCUCCAAUGUUACGUUUCAGGUGGCUUGGGGCACUUGGUUUUGACAAGAGAUCUCUUGGCAGAAAUCUGCCUUUCAUCAUUUAGGGUUUCUCUUGAUCAUGGACACCUUCCUUCCUGUAACUGUGAUGUAGUCGUACACCACAGCUUUUAGUUCUUGAUCACUAAUGUCAAAUAAUCAAUUCUUGGAAUCAAGACUACCCUGCUGGAGGGGCAGCCUUGGGGGCAAGUGUCGGAGCUGCGUGGGUGUCAGAGGGUAGCACGGUGGCUGGCUCUCCUCAGCAUGCGAUCGUAGGGGAAGCCCUGGAGUCUACUAGACGAUACGCCUGGUGAUUUGAAAGAGUGAAACUAGACCUUCCAUGUGAGAAAUGCUGGAGAAUGGUGGGGACAUUUGUAAGGUUUGGUGGAAGGACUGUGUAAAUGUUUAAGAUGAACACAGUGUUCUUUUGGUGUAAGGCAAGCUGUUGAAUGGUUAAACUGUGCAUUUCUCAUUUUGAUGUGUCAUGUAUGUUAAUAUGAUGAAAUAAAAUCAAAACUGGUACCUGUU